UCGCAUAUCUUCUUCUCUUCUCAGGCAAAUUUACACGCUACUGUUUCUCUUCUUUUCAUCAACGCUGCUCAAAUCUUUUUCUUCUUUUUGGGGUCUUGGCUUUCAGAUUGCAUAUUCCACUGCUGUGGUUGACAUAGCAAAACUUUGUCGGUGAAGAACAAUUGGAUUUGAUUUAAUCAUCGUUAGUAUGUCUGGAUUAAUUGAAGGCCUUCCCGAUGCUGUUGCCCUUCGGUGCAUAGCACGUGUUCCCUUCUACCUGUAUCCUAAGUUGGAGGUUGUUUCUCGUUCAUGGAGAGCUGCCAUUCGUAGCUUUGAGCUGUUCAAAGCUCGACAAGAGGUUGGCUCAGCAGAGGAACUUCUUUGUGUGUGUGCAUAUGAUCCAGAGAAUUUAUGGCAGAUGUAUGAUCCCCUCCAUGACCUUUGGAUUACUCUUCCGGUACUUCCCACGAAGGUCAGGCACCUUGCCCACUUUGGUGUGGUCUCAACCGGUGGAAAACUGUUUGUGCUUGGUGGUGGGAGUGAUGAUGUUGACCCAUUGACUGGAGACCAAGAUGGGAGUUUUGCAACCAAUGAAGUCUGGUCAUAUGACCCUAUACUGUGUCGGUGGGCUCAACGUGCAUCCAUGAUCGUACCUCGUGCCAUGUUUGCAUGCUGUGUGCUGAAGGGAAAGAUCAUUGUUGCGGGCGGAUUCACCAGCUGCAGAAAAUCUCUAUCUCAAGCAGAAAUGUAUGAUCCCGAGAAAGACCUCUGGACUCCGAUACCUGAUCUCCACUGCACUCACAAUUCAGCAUGCUCCGGAUUCGUUAUCGGAGGAAAGGUGCAUGUCUUGCACAAGGGGUUGUCGACGGUGCAAGUCCUGGACCAUAUAGGUUCUGGGUGGACAGUAGAAGAUUACGGUUGGCCCCAGGGUCCAAUGGCAGAAGUACAAGGAACCCUGUAUGUGAUGAGCCAUGGAUUCAUCGUCAAGCAAGAAAAAGAAGCUAGCAAGGUAGUGGUUUCUGCUUCCGAGUUUCGUAGGAGGAUCGGGUUUGCAAUGACAGGACUAAGAGAUGAAAUAUAUGUGAUUGGAGGGGUAAUCGGCCCUGAUCGAUUUAAUUGGGAUAUCAAACCAAUGUCCGAUGUCGAAAUCUUGACCGCAGGAGGCGAUAGACCGACAUGGCGUCAGGCAGCUCCGAUGACAAAGUGCCAAGGUACAAUUUUUGGCUGCACGCAGCUAAGAAUGUAGGUAUUUUUAGUAGUAGUUGGUUUUAUUGAGAAAAGUGAACUCAUAUUGUUGAGGCAUUGCAAUUCCUCCUAUUGGAGAUGAGAAAUGAUCUUUCUUAUAUCACCGUAUUUCGUUUUGUAAUCUUUGGUCGUUUUCCCCCUCUGUUUUAGUUUCUAUUUUCAAGUCUCGCAGUUGAGUUGGUCCUUUAUAAAUGAGAGUGACGUGGAAGUUCAAGCAUAAAAUAUAGAGAAAAAGGGGGACAGAAGAUAAACACACAACCUUGUGGGAAUUGGCUGGACCCUAAUGACAAGCUUAAAGAUAGCGAGUUAAGUCAAGGCCUA